AUGCCUGGUGGAAAAAUCGACGUCUACCUCGACUUUGCGUCGCUAUUUAGCUACGUUUGCUUCACCGACUUGGAAGCCAACAAGCAGAAGCUCGCUGCCAAUGGCGUGACAAUAGAAUACCACCCCGUCUUCCUUGGGGGCAUCAAUGUCGCCAGCGGCAACAAGCCUCCGUGGACGCUCGCCGCCAAGGCCGCCUACCUCAGCUUCGACUCGGCCCGCGCCCUGCGCCGCGUCGGCCUCUCCAACGUGCAGAGCCCCGACGACCUCAUGUCGGCCGCCAUGACGGUGCAGCCGCUGCGCGCCAUCCACUACGUCAAGGCGCACUACCCGGAGCCCGUCUUCCUCGCCGCCUUUCACGCCCUGCUCGUCAAGUUCUGGACGCCGCCCAACCGCAAGAUUGCCGACGCCGACGUCCUCCGCGAGGUCCUCGGCGAGAUGACGGAAACUGUCGGUGGUGGCGGGAGGCUCUUUUCGCCCGCCGAGGUGGAUAAAAUCAUGGACGGCCGCGCCGCGUUCAAGGACAGCGUCAAGAAGGAGACGGACGAGGCGCUGGCCAAGGGCGCGUUUGGGGCGCCGUGGAUCUGGGCGACGAAUGCAAAGGGCGAGUCGGAGCCCUUUUUCGGCAGCGAUCGCUUCAACCAUGUUUAUGCAUUCCUAGAUAUCCCCUUCCAGGAUAUAACAGUUCUGACUCCCAACAAGCUGUAA